AAAAAAUUUCUUUUUUUUCUCAUAUUCUUUAAUUUAAUUAUAAAAUAUUUCUAGCUGAUUCUUAUCGUCCUGGUUUGUCUCCAUAUUCAAGUCGAGCAGGUGCAACUAAUCAAAAAUCUACAAAACCUAAAGUGAUUGUAGCUGAUCUUCAAGAACAAAGUCUACGAGGAAUAUGUCUUUGUUUUUUACGUAAUUCAAAAAAAACUGUUAUUACAGGGCAAAAUAUUGUUAAUGAAGUUUUUUUCUAUACAUUUGAAUGUAAUACUGAACCAUUACUUCAAGCAUUAAGUCGAUCAAUAGCUGAUAUAUAUUUACCAUAUCUUCAAAUAUCGGAAACAACUUGGGGAAAACUUUCUGGUUCAGAUAAUAAUCAAAUGAUAAAAGUUGAUUUUAUUAGUCGAUUAAAUAAUUUUGUUGCUACACUUAAUAGUGCACAAGAAAGUAUUAAUGAAAGAAUUUUACUAAAACCAUGUGAUAAAGUUGAUUUAACACAAAUACAAAAUGCAGCUGAUUAUGUAUCAAUAGCAUCAAAUAAUGAAAGUCUUGCAUCAAUUGAAGAAACAAUGAAAAUAUGGAUUAAACAAAUGGAACAAGUUUUAGCAGAAAGUGAACAAAUUCGUCGUGAAGCAGAUAAUAUUGGUCCACGAGCUGAACUUGAAUAUUGGAAAAAACGUAUGACAAAAUUUAACUUUUUACUUGAUCAAAUAAAAGGACAAGAUGUUAAAGCUGUUUUAACAAUUUUACAAACUGCUAAAUCAAAACUUAUUCAACAAUGGAAAUUACUUGAUGGAAAAAUUACAGAUGCAGCAAAUGAAGCAAAAGAUAAUGUACGAUAUUUAUAUACAUUAGAAAAAUUUUGUGAACCAUUAUAUAAUUCUGAUCCAGUUGGAAUGUUAGAAUGUAUUCCAGGUUUAAUUAAUGCUGUACGAAUGAUUCAUUCGAUUUCACGAUAUUAUAAUACAUCAGAACGCAUGACAUCACUAUUUGUUAAAAUAACAAAUCAAAUGAUAACAACAUCAAAAAUGUAUAUCACUGAUAAUUAUACACAAACAAUAUGGUCUCAAGAUCAAUCACAUGUUAUAUCAAAAUUACGUGAUUGUAUUAAAUUAAAUGAUGAAUAUCAACGUUGUUUUCAAUCAACAAAAAAUAAAUUAGCAUCAAAUCCAGCUGAACGUCCAUUUGAUUUUAGUGAAAUGUAUAUAUUUGGAAAAUUUGAUUCAUUUGUACGACGUUGUGAAAAAAUUAUUGAUAUGUUUGCAACAAUAAAUAUGUAUUCACAUUUAGCUGAUUCAAAAAUUGAAGGUAUAUCACCAUUUUAUUCAAAAUUUAAUAUGAUUGUAACAUCAAUGAAGAAAAAAGAUUAUGAUUUUUUGGAUCAACGUAAACAAGAAGUUGAUAGUGAUUUAGAUGAUUUUCGUCGUUCAAUAGCAGAUCUUCAUAGUAAUAUAAAUGAAUUUCUUGAUAAAUAUUUUAAUUCUAUACGUAAUACUGAACGAUCAUUAACAGCAUUAAAACGUUUUGAAAAAUUACAAUUACCAAAUAUUGGUUUAAAUGAAAAAUAUGCAAAAAUUUUACAACAAUAUUCAAAAGAUUUAGAUGCAGUUGCAAAAAUUUAUCAAAAAAAUUCAAAAGAUCCAUUGAUUUCAAGAGAUUUACCACCAACAGCUGGUCGAAUCAUGUGGGCUCGUCAAUUGUAUAAACGUAUUCAACAACCGAUGGAUAUUUUUAUUGCAAAUAAAACCAUUCUUCAAUAUCCUGAAGCAAAAAAAAUUAUAAAAAAUUAUAAUCAACUCUCUAAAGUUCUUUUAUCAUAUGAACUUCUAUAUCAUCGUGGAUGGCUUCGUCAAGUUGAUGUUGUUGCAACUGGUAUUCAUUCAAGUUUACUAAUACGUGUUAAUCGUGAUGAUCUUCUAUCGGCUGCAUCAACACUUCCCGGCAUAUCAUCUAUUGUAACAUCAACAUCACAAACAAAUCCUGAAUAUUUAGUUAAUUUUGAUCCAAAUAUACUUGAAUUAAUACGAGAAACUCAAUGUUUAGCACGUUUAGGUUUAGAAAUACCAAAAGAAGCUGCUAUAUUAGCACAACGUGAAGAUUAUCUUAAAAAACAUUAUCAAGAUUUAACACAAUUAGUCGAAAAAAAUAAACGUUUAAGAGAAAAAAUUAAACAACCAUUUGAAGCAUUAUUAGCACCAAAAAUUCAUCGUUUAAAUGAUAUUAUUAAACCUGGUUUAACAUCUUUAACAUGGGCAUCAUUAACUAUUGAUGAUUUUAUAAAUUCAGUUAAUUCAGCAUUAGAUGAAUUUGAUUUAAUGUUAGAUCGUGCAUAUGAUCUUAUAGCAUAUCGUAUUGAUGCUGUACUUGAUGAAAUAGCAACAAUGUCUCUUUGUGAUUUACCUGAAGAUGAACCAAUAACACCUGAUCAAUUUUUACAACAUACUCAAAAUUUAUGUAAUCUUGCAUCAAAACAAAUUCAAUUGAAAUCUCAUAAUGUUGAAGAUGCUGUACUUGAAGUUAUUGAUCUCUUAUGUGGAGAUAUAAUUGGUACAAGUCUCCAUGGUGAUGGACAAGGACAAUAUUCAAAUAUUGCUUUAGAUCUUGAUGAUGAAGAAUCUGAUGAUGAAACAACAACUGUUCAUGAUCAAAAUACACUUAAAUCAGCUCGAACCAGUCGACAACCAUCAAGUACAACAAAUCGAACACGACAAAUAUCAUCAGGAAAAUCAUCUAAAGGAAGAGCUAAAUCAUCAAUUAUGUUAGGAACAACAUCACGUCGUAAACGUGAACAACAAAGUGAAAAUUUACAAGUUGCUAUUACAGAAUUAAUAAAUCAUUUUAGUCAUCGAAAUCUUGAUGCUAUUAUACGUGUUAUUAAAAUGACUUUAGAAAAAUUAAGAAAACGUAUUACAUCAACACUUAGUUAUAGUCGAAAUCAUCAAGAAGCACCAGUAUUUAAAGUUUUUGCUGAAUUAGCUAUUCCAAAUGUAGCUAUUCAACCACCAGCUGAUGAAGUACAAAUUUAUUUAAAUAAAGCUGUACAAACAAUUGUAUCUGUUGCAAAAACUAUUUCACAAUGGGAUAAAAAUAGAAAAAGAACAAUAUUAUUAUCCCUGAAUAUAAUGAAAGUAUUAGUUUCUAUUGGAAUAUUAAAAUCAACAAGUCAAGAUUUUUCUUUAUUGAGAAAUAUAAAUAGACAACAAAGAAAACGUAGUAGUAAACAUGAUAUACCACUUGAUACACAAAUUGGUGAUAGUGAAUCACAUCUCGCAAUAAAUCCUAUAGCAGAUCAUGAAGAAGAAAAUAAUCCAAUCACACCAGGUUCAGCAUUAGCCGGCGCUAAUUUGGAAACAUCUGCAAGAGAUGUAUUUCAUCAAGGAUCAUCUGCUACUACUGAUGCUGGUACAACUAGUCGAUUACGAGGCCAUGAACAAACUAAUACAGAUCAACAACAUUCUCGAGUACAAUUUACUCCAGCAAAUAAUUAUUUUAAAAAUGUAUCUGAAAAUAAAGAUGUUGCUAAAUUAGUUGCACUAUUAGCUACAUGUAUUAAUGCAACGAAAAAAGAUAUAACAACAGCAUUAGAAAUAUUUACACGAUUUAAUACUUUAUGGCAACGAGAUCGUGAUGAAGAAUUAAAAGAUUUUCUAGCACAAGAACCACGUGUAUCAGAAUUUGAAGCUAAAAUUAAAUUUUAUGAAAAUUUAGCAUCAGAUAUUAAUUCUCAACCAGAAUCUAUACCUGUUGGUCCAUUAGCUAUUUUUACUGAACAUUUAAAAUUUGCUCUUAAUCAAGAAGUACGUGAUUGGAUAGUUCGUUAUGGUCAAGCAUGUAAUGCAAAAUAUCGUAAAGAAAUGAAUGAAGUUAGCACAUUCAUUGAAGAUAUUGAAAAACGUUUAUCACGUCCAAUCAAUGAUUUAGAAGAUAUUCGUUUAAUUAUGAUUGCAAUUAAAGAUUUACGUGAUAAUGAAAUUCGUAUUGAUAUGAGUAUAGCACCAAUCGAAGAAUCAUAUACAAUGUUACAAACUCAUGGUCUUAAUGUUUCAAGAGAAGAAAGUGAUCGAGCUGAAUCAAUUAAAUUAAAUUGGGAAAAACUUCAACGUCAUGGUAGUGAAGUAACAUCAUAUUUACUUAAAAUUCAACCAACGAAACGAUCAGAAUUAUUAGAAAAUGUUAAAAUAUUUAUUGAAGAAUGUGAAAAAUUUUAUGGUGAUUAUGAAAAAGGUGGACCAACAUUACCUGAUUUAACACCACGUGAAUCAAGUGAUAGACAAAUAUUAUUUCAAAGUCGUGUAGAAAAUUUAUAUAAAAAAUAUGAAACAUAUCAUGGUGGUGAAUUAUUAUUUGGUUUAUCAAUAACUGAAUUUCCACAAUUAGAAAAAAUUAAAAAAGAUUUAACAUUAUUACAACGUCUUUAUGGUUUAUAUAAUAAAGUUUUAGAUACUGUUGCAAGUUAUUAUGAUAUAGCAUGGGUUGAUGUUAAUAUUGAUAAAAUAAAUCAAGAAUUAUCUGAUUUUCAAACAGCUUGUAGAAAAUUACCUAAAGGUUUAAGAGAAUUUCCAGCAUUUCAUGCAUUAAAAAAAACAAUUGAUGAUUUUAGUGAAUGUUGUCCUUUAUUAGAAAUGAUGUCAAAUCGAGCUAUGCAAAAUCGUCAUUGGCAACGAAUAGCUGAAGUAACUGGUGUACAUAAUUUAGAUGUUGAAGCUGAUGAUUUUCGUUUGAGAAAUGUUAUGGAUUUACCAUUACUUCAAUUUAAAGAAGAUAUUGAAGAUAUUUGUAUUGCAGCUGUUAAAGAACGAGAUAUUGAAGGAAAACUUAAACAAGUUGAAUCAGAUUGGAAAACACAAGAAUUUAAUUUUGCUCAAUUUAAAACACGAGGUGAAUUAUUACUUAAAGGUGAUCGAAUUCAAGAAGUUAUUAGUCUAUUAGAAGAUUCUCUUAUGUUACUUGGUUCAUUAAUGUCAAAUAGAUAUAAUGUUCCAUUUCGAAAACAAAUUCAAAAAUGGGUUAAAGAUUUAACGGAUACAAAUGAAAUUAUUGAAAAUUGGAUGCGUGUACAAAAUUUAUGGGUUUAUUUAGAAGCUGUUUUUGUUGGUGGUGAUAUUGCUAAACAAUUACCACAAGAAGCUAAACGUUUUUCAUCUAUUGAUAAAUCUUGGCUUAAAAUAAUGUCUAAAGCACAUGAACAACCAGCUGUUGUACCAUGUUGUACAACAGAUGAAACAUUAAAACAAUUAUUACCACAUCUUCUUGAACAACUUGAAUUAUGUCAAAAAUCUUUAACUGGUUAUUUAGAACGAAAACGUCUUUUAUUUCCACGUUUCUUUUUUGUUUCUGAUCCAGCAUUAUUAGAAAUUUUAGGUCAAGCUAGUGAUCCACAUACAAUUAAAGCACAUUUAUUAAGUGUUUUUGAUAAUAUAAAAACAGUACGAUUUCAUGAAAAAGAAUAUGAUAAAAUUUUAACAAUUGAAUCAUCUGAAGGUGAAACGAUUGAACUUGAAAAACCUGUUAAAGCUGAAGGUAAUGUUGAAAUAUGGUUAAUGUCACUUCUUAAAGAAUCACAACGAUCAUUACAUGGUGUUAUUCGUCAAGCUCAUCAUGCUUUAUCAGAUCCAUCAUCAUUUAAUCUUAUUGAAUUUCUUAAUACAUAUCCAGCACAAGUUGGUCUAUUAGGUAUACAAUUAAUAUGGACACGUGAUGCAACAGAAGCAUUACGUCAUGCUAAAGUUGAUAGAAAUAUAAUGAAACAAACAGCUAAAGUAUUUAGUGAUUUACUUGAUUUAUUAAUUGAUCAAACAACAAAAGAUUUAACACGUGUUGAACGUACAAAAUAUGAAACAUUAAUAACAAUACAUGUACAUCAAAAAGAUAUAUUUGAUGAACUUGUUCAAACAAAUGUUCGAUCAAUAACUGAUUUUGAUUGGCUUAAACAAACAAGAUUUUAUUUUGUUGAAGAAUUAGAUAAAGUACAAAUAUCGAUAACAGAUGUUGAUUUUACUUAUACGAAUGAAUUUCUUGGUUGUACGGAACGUUUAGUUAUUACACCAUUAACUGAUCGAUGUUAUAUUACAUUAGCACAAGCAUUACAUAUGAGUAUGGGUGGAGCACCUGCUGGACCAGCUGGAACAGGAAAAACUGAAACAGUUAAAGAUAUGGGACGAUGUCUUGGAAAAUAUGUUGUUGUAUUUAAUUGUUCUGAUCAAAUGGAUUUUCGUGGUUUAGGUCGUAUAUUUAAAGGUUUAGCUCAAUCAGGUUCAUUUGGUUGUUUUGAUGAAUUUAAUCGUAUUGAUUUACCUGUACUUUCUGUUGCUGCACAACAAAUAGCUAUUGUUCUUGCUUGUAAAAAAGAAAAGAAACGUCAAUUUAUAUUUACAGAUGGUGAUCUAGUUGAAAUGAAUUUGGAAUUUGGCAUAUUUUUAACAAUGAAUCCAGGUUAUGCUGGUCGACAAGAAUUACCUGAAAAUUUAAAAAUUAAUUUUCGUUCUGUUGCUAUGAUGGUACCUGAUCGUUUGCCAAUUAUUCGUGUUAAAAUGGCUGCAUGUGGUUUUAGAGAAAAUGUUCCUUUAGCAAAAAAAUUUUAUACACUUUAUAAAUUAUGUGAAGAACAACUUAGUAAACAAGUUCAUUAUGAUUUUGGUUUACGAAAUAUUUUAUCUGUAUUACGAACACUUGGUGCUGUUAAACGUGCAAAUAAAGAUGAUUUAGAAAAGACAAUUGUUAUGCGAGUACUUCGUGAUAUGAAUUUAUCAAAAUUAGUUGAUGAAGAUGAACCAUUAUUUAUCUCACUUAUUAAUGAUCUUUUUCCAAAUAUAAAAUUAGAAAAAGAAACAUAUGUUGAAUUAGAAGCAGCUAUUGAUAAAGAAGCUCAAGCUGCUGGCCUUAUAUGUCAUCCACCAUGGAUAUUAAAAAUAAUUCAAUUAUUUGAAACUCAACGUGUUCGUCAUGGAAUGAUGACAUUAGGACCAUCAGGUGUUGGUAAAACAUGUUGUAUUCAUGCAUUAAUGAAAGCAAUGACAAUAUGUGGUGAACCACAUCGUGAAAUGCGUAUGAAUCCAAAAGCAAUAACAGCACCACAAAUGUUUGGUCGAUUAGAUGCAGCAACAAAUGAUUGGACAGAUGGAAUAUUUUCAACAUUAUGGAGACGAACAUUACGUACAAAAAAAGGUGAAUUUGUUUGGCUUGUUUUAGAUGGUCCUGUUGAUGCUAUUUGGAUUGAAAAUUUAAAUUCCGUAUUAGAUGAUAAUAAAACAUUAACAUUAGCUAAUGGUGAUCGAAUACCAAUGGCACCAAAUUGUAAAAUUAUUUUUGAAGUACAUAAUAUUGAUAAUGCAUCACCAGCUACUGUUAGUAGAAAUGGUAUGGUUUAUAUGAGUAGUUCUGGUUUAGAUUGGCGACCAUUAAUUCAAGGUUGGAUAAAACGUGAACGAUCAUCGAGUGAUGGUGAAGUUUUAAUGCGUUUAUUUGAAACAUCAUUUCCAUUUAUUUAUCGACAUUUUUCACUUCAUCUUAAAUCAAAAAUGCCUGUACUUGAAUGUAUGAUUGUUACUCAGGCAUGUAAAUUAUUAAAUGGUUUAUUACCAUUAAAAGAAGCUAAAGAUCAAUUAACACCACAACAUAUUGAACGUUUAUAUGUAUUUGCAAUAAUGUGGUCAGUUGGUGCUUUUCUUGAAUUAGAUGAUCGUGCACGUUUACAAGAUUAUAUAUUAAAUGCUACUGAUUUUCGUUUGGAUACACCAAAAUUAUCCGAAGGUAGUGAAGAUACAAUAUUUGAUUAUUUUGUUCAUGAAAAAACUGGUGCAUGGACACAUUGGAAUAAUGUUGUUACGGAAUAUAUUUAUCCAAAAGAUCAUGAUCCAGAAUAUGCAUCUAUACUUGUACCUAAUGUUGAUAAUGUUCGAACAGAUUUUCUUAUUCAUACAAUUGCAAAACAACAUAAACCUGUUCUUCUUAUUGGUGAACAAGGUACAGCUAAAACUGUUAUUAUACAAUCAUAUAUGAGUAGAUAUAAUGCUGAAGAACAUUCACAAAAAACAGUUAAUUUUUCAUCGGCUACAACACCGAAUAUGGUUCAAAGAAUAAUUGAAUCCUAUGUUGAUAAACGUGUUGGAACUACAUAUGGUCCACCAGCUGGUAAAAAGAUGACUGUAUUUAUUGAUGAUAUUAAUAUGCCAACAAUAAAUGAAUGGGGUGAUCAAAUAACAAAUGAAAUUGUUCGUCAAUUAGUUGAACAAGGUGGUUUUUAUUCAUUAGAAAAACCAGGUGAAUUUACAACCAUUGUUGAUAUACAAUUACUUGCUGCUAUGAUACAUCCUGGUGGUGGUAGAAAUGAUAUUCCACAACGUUUGAAACGACAAUUUUGUACAUUUAAUUGUACAUUACCAUCAAAUGUAUCUAUUGAUAAAAUAUUUUCUGUUAUUGCAACAGGACAUUAUGCUAAAGAACGUGGAUUUACAGAUGAAGUACGUUCACUUAUUGACAGACUUGUACCAGCUACAAGACGUUUAUGGCAAUUAACAAAAGUUAAAAUGUUACCAACACCAGCAAAAUUUCAUUAUGUUUUUAAUUUACGUGAUCUUUCACGUAUAUGGCAAGGAAUGAUUAAUACUAUACCACAAGUUGUUAAUAAUGAAAAAACUUUAAUUCAUUUAUGGAAACAUGAAUGUUCGCGAGUUAUAUGUGAUAGAUUUGUGGCUGAAGACGAUAUACUCUGGUUUGAAAAAACACUUCGACGUUUAACAGAAGAAGAAUUAGGACCAACAUUAGGUGCCUAUAUGCAACAAACUAAAUAUUUUGUCGAUUUUCUCAGGUUCACUGAUAUUGAGGAUUAUCGUUGGUUUACGAAAACAGUUGAACGUGUAGCUGAAGAAGAAUUAGGUGCAAAAUAUCAAGCUAUGGUAAAAAAAGAAGAAUAUUUUGUCGAUUUCUUAAGAGAUGCUCCUGAACCAACAGGUGAAGAAGCAGAAGAUGCUGAUUUAGAGGCACCAAAGAUUUAUGAACCAAUACCUUCAUUUGAAGCUCUUGAAGAACGUUUAAAAAUGUAUUUAGCACAAUAUAAUGAAAGUAUUCGUGGUUCAGGAAUGGAUUUAGUCUUUUUUAAAGAUGCAAUGGCACAUUUAGUUAAAAUUUCUCGUAUAAUUCGAACACCACGUGGUAAUGCAUUAUUAGUUGGUGUUGGUGGUAGUGGUAAACAAUCAUUAACAAAAUUAGCAUCCUUUAUUGCUGGUUAUAAAACAUUUCAAAUAACAUUAACACGUGCAUAUAAUACAAAUAAUUUAUUAGAAGAUUUAAAAACACUUUAUCGUAUUGCUGGAAAAGAAGGAAAAGGCAUAACAUUUAUAUUUUCUGAUCAAGAUAUUAAAGAUGAAUCAUUUCUUGAAUAUAUUAAUAAUGUACUUUCAUCAGGAGUGGUUCCAGGAAUGUUUCCUAGAGAUGAAAUGGAUGAAAUAUGUCAAGAAUUAGUACCUAUUAUGAAAAAACAAUAUCCAAGACGACCACCAACAAAUGAAAAUUUAUAUGAUUAUUUUCUAUCUCGUGUUCGACAAAAUUUACAUGUUGUUUUAUGUUUUUCACCAGUUGGUGAAAAAUUUCGUAAACGAGGUCUACAAUUUCCUGGUCUUGUUGCAAAUUGUACAAUUGAUUGGUUUCUUCGUUGGCCACGUGAUGCACUUGUUGCUGUUGCUGAUCAUUUUCUUUCAUCAUUUAAUAUUGUUUGUACGGAUGCAAUUAAAAAAGAACUUGUUCAAUGUAUGGGUUCUGUACAUGAUGGUGUAGCUGAAUAUUGUUUACAAUAUUUUCAAAAAUAUCGUCGAUCAACACAUGUUACACCGAAAUCAUAUCUUUCAUUUAUAAAUGGUUAUAAAGAAAUUUAUUCACAAAAAUUAAAUGAAAUUGAAUCUAUGGCUAAACGGAUGAAUGAUGGUCUUACACGUUUAGUUGAAGCUGAAAAAGCUGUAAUAGUUAUGAAAGAAGAAUUAACAAUUAAAGAAAAAGAAUUAGAUAUAGCUAAUAAAAAAGCUGAUGAAGUUUUAAAAGAAGUUGCAGUUAAAAAAGGUGCAGCUGAAGUUGUUAAACAACAAGUACAAAAAGUUAAAGAUACAGCACAAACAUUAGUCGAUGAAAUUAAUCGUGAUAAAAUCCAAGCUAAUGCUGAACUUGAAAAUGCUAAACCAGCAUUACUUGCAGCUGAAGAAGCUUUAUUAACAAUAACACCUGCUGAUAUUUCUGUUGUACGUAAACUUGGUCGUCCACCACGUCUUAUUCGUCAAAUUAUGGAUUGUGUUUUAAUACUUUUUGGACGUCCAUUAAGAAAUCCAUUAAAAAUCGAUCCUGAAUUACAAGGACCUGAACCAAGUUGGGAAAGUUCAUUAAAACUUAUGUCCGAUACAGGUUUUCUUCAAAAUCUUCAAGCAUUUCCACGUGAUCGUAUUAAUGAUGAACAAAUUGAAUUACUUCAAACAUAUUUUCGUGUACCUGAUUAUACAUUUGAAGGUGCUAAAGUAGCUGCUGGUGCUAUAGCUGGUUUAUUAACAUGGACACGUGCUAUGGCUGAUUUUUUUCAUGUUAAUAAACGUGUUUUACCAUUAAAAGGAAAUUUAGCUAUGCAAGAAGCUCGUUUAAUUAAAGCUAAUGAACAAUUACAAACAGCACAAGGAGAACUGGAUCGCCGUGAAGCUGAAGUAGCUGCAGCACAAGCUGAAUAUGAUGCUGCUAUGGCAACAAAACAACGUUUACAAGAUGAUCUUGAUCGAACAUUAAAACGAAUGACUGCAGCUAGAGAAUUAAUAUCUGGUUUAGCUGAUGAACAAGAACGAUGGACUGAACAAAGUAAACAAUUUAAAGCUCAAAUUGGACGACUGGUUGGUGAUGUACUUCUUUGUACUGGUUUUCUAUCAUAUCAAGGUCCAUUUAAUCAAGAUUUUCGUUUAUUAUUAGCAAAAGAUUGGCAAAAAUUAUUAACCGAACGAAAUAUUCCAUUUACACGAGGAUUAAAUGUAACGGAAUAUUUAACGGAUGUAACAAUAGUUGGUGAAUGGAGAUUACAAGGUUUACCAAAUGAUGAAUUAUCAAUACAAAAUGCUAUUAUUGUAACACGUGCUAAACGUUACCCAUUAUUAAUUGAUCCACAAGGACAAGGAAAAACUUGGAUUAAAAAUAAAGAAGCAUCAACUGAUUUACAAUCAACAAAUCUUUUAUCAAAACAUUUUCGACAACAUUUAGAAGAUGCAUUAUCACUUGGUCGGCCAUUAUUAAUUGAAGAUGUAGCUGAAGAACUUGAUCCAGCAUUAGAUAAUGUUUUAGAAAAAAAUUUUAUUCGUUCUGGUACAACACUUAAAGUUAAAGUUGGUGAUAAAGAAAUUGAUAUAUUAAAAGGUUUUAAUUUAUAUAUAACAACAAAAUUAGCUAAUCCAGCAUUUACACCAGAAAUAUCAGCUAAAACAUCUGUUAUUGAUUUUACUGUUACAAUGAAAGGUUUAGAAGAUCAAUUAUUAGGUUUAACUAUAUUAAAAGAAAAAGCUGAAUUAGAAAAUGAACGUGUUAAAAUGUUAGAAGAUAUACAAGCUAAUAAUAAACGUAUGAAAGAACUUGAAGAUAAUUUAUUAUUUAGAUUAAGUAAUUCAAAAGGUUCAUUAGUUGAUGAUGAUGAUCUAAUUCGAACAUUAAAAACAACAAAAAUAACAUCAACUGAUGUUAAACAAAAACUUCAAAUAGCAACUGAAACUAGUCAAAAAAUAAAUAUUGCUCGUGAAGAAUAUCGUCCAGUUGCAACACGUGGUUCAAUUAUUUAUUUUCUUAUUGUUGAAAUGUCACUUGUUAAUGUUAUGUAUCAAACAUCAUUAAAACAAUUUUUACAAUUAUUUGAUCAAGCACUUGAACGUUCACCACGAUCACCAGUUACAUCAAAACGUAUUACAAAUAUAAUGGAAUAUUUAACAUAUGAAAUGUAUAAAUAUGCUGUUCGUGGUUAUUAUGAAGAACAUAAAUUUAUGUUUACACUUUUAUUAGCAUUAAAAAUUGAUUUACAAUCAAGUCGACUUAAAUUUGAUGAAUUUCAAACAUUAAUUAAAGGUGGUGCAUCAAUUGAUGCAAGCACAGCACCACCAAAACCACCAUAUAAAUGGUUACAAAAUGAAAUUUGGCUGAAUCUUGUUGAAUUAUCUAAACUUUAUCAAUUCGGUGAUAUUCUCAAUUCUCUUAAUCGUGCUGGUACAGCAUGGGAUACAUGGUUUAAGAAAGAUGAACCUGAACGUGCUGAAUUACCCGAUGGUUGGGAACCACAAUUAGAUAAAUUUCGUCGUCUUCUUCUAAUUCGUUCUUUAACACCUGCACGUUUUGUUAAAUCUGCUCUUGAUUAUAUAAAUGAUUCAUUAGGACCAAGAUAUGGUGAAGGUGUUGUAUUGGAUAUGGAAAAAAUGUGGGAUGAAUCUGAUAAAUGUUCACCAAUGAUAUGUUUUCUAUCUAUGGGUUCAGAUCCAACUGUACAAAUCGAAACAUUAGCAAAAAAGAAAUCAAUUGAUUGUAGUGCUAUAUCAAUGGGACAAGGGCAAGAAGUUCAUGCACGACGUUUAUUAGCACAAGCUUAUGCAAAUGGUACAUGGGUAUUAUUACAAAAUUGUCAUUUAUCAUUAGAUUUUUGUGAAGAAUUUUUAUUACAAUUAACAGAAAAUACAGAUCGUAUUCAUCCAGAUUUUCGUCUUUGGAUAACAACUGAACCUCAUCUAAAAUUUCCUAUUGGUCUAUUACAAAUUUCAAUUAAAUAUACAGCUGAACCACCACAAGGUGUUAAAGCUGGUUUAAAACGUACAUUUGCUGGUUUAACACAAGAACAACAAUUAGAAUCAAAUACACAUGAAAAAUGGCGUCCAUUAUUAUAUGCUGUUGCAUUUUUACAUACAAUUGUACAAGAACGAAGAAAAUUUGGUCCACUUGGAUGGAAUAUACCAUAUGAAUUUAAUCAAUCAGAUUUUAAUGCAACUGUUCAAUUUAUUCAAAAUUAUCUUGAUGAUAUGGAUGCAGCUAAACAAAUGCAAUGGAAAACUAUUCAUUACAUGAUUUCAGAAGUACAAUAUGGAGGUCGUGUAACAGAUGAUUUUGAUAAACGUCUUUUAAAAACAUAUGUUAAAUGUUGGUUUCGUGAUGAAAUGUUUGAUCCUAAUUUUCAAUUUGAAGAAAAAACUUAUCGUAUACCAAAAAUGACACGUAUUGAAGAUGUUUUCGAUUAUAUUGAAACAAUACCAAAUUAUGAUAGUGGAAAAGUAUUUGGAUUAAGUCCAUUAGCUAAUGAUAGAUAUCAAGAAGAUACAACUAAAAAAGUUCUUGAUACUAUAUUAAGUAUUCAACCAAAAGAAGCUCGUGGUGGUGCAGGUGAAACACGUGAAGCUGUUAUAUAUCGUUUAGCUACUGAAACAUUAGAAAAAUUACCACCAGAUUAUAUUGCACAUGAAGUUAAAGAACGUCUUUCAAAACUUGAACCAAUGAAUAUAUUUCUUCGACAAGAAAUCGAUCGUUUUCAACGUGUACUUAAUGCUGUACGACGUACAUUAAUUGAUUUAAAAUUAGCUAUUGAUGGUACAAUUGUUAUGAAUGAAGAAUUACGUGAUGCAUUAGAUCGAAUGUAUGAUGGUAAAAUUCCAAAUAUUUGGUUAAAAUUAUCAUGGGAAUCAUCAACAUUAGGUGCUUGGUUUACAGAUUUAUAUGCACGAAAUGAACAAUAUCGUUCUUGGUUAAAACUUGAUAAAGAUACAAGACCAAUUGCUUUUUGGAUGACAGGAUUUUUUAAUCCACAAGGAUUUUUAACAGCUAUGCGACAAGAAGUAACAAGAGCUAAUCCAGGUUGGUCAUUAGAUAAUGUUGUUUUAACAAAUAAAGUUACACGAAUGGAUCGUGAAGCAUUAAAAGAAGCACCACGCGAAGGUCUUUAUAUAUAUGGUUUAUAUAUUGAAGGAGCUAAAAUAAAAAAUGGUGUUUUGGAUGAAUUAAAAGCAAAUGAAAAAGUUUUAACACAUCCAAUGCCUGUUAUACAUGUAUCAGCUGAAGCUGAUUUUGGUACAACUGCACCAGCAGUAAAACAAGAUCGUCGUCCAGUUUAUUAUGCACCUGUUUAUAAAAAACCACGUCGUACAGAUAGAAAUUAUGUGUGUACACUUAAAUUAGAAUGUCCACCAGGUGAUAAAGCUGGACCUGAUGUAUGGACAUUAAGAGGUGUUGCACUUCUUUGUGAUACGAAAUAA